AUGGCUAUGAGUCGUGUGAGAUCGUUGAGGAGUCUUGUCAGUUCCAUAGAAGUGGAAGCUGUUGGGGUGUUAGUGUCGGGGCGACGAGCAUUUUCUGCUAAGGCAAAGAAGGGUUCCAAAGGUGGCGCUGGUGAUGCACCAAAAGCCUCAAUUUUGGACAAGGAAGUCAAGUCUACUACUGUGGUUGGAGCCAAUAUACUCAAGGAUGGGACCGAUCCUAAAAUCUUGCCUGAUUCAGAGUACUCUGAAUGGCUUUGGCAUCUAGUUGAUAAGCGUCCUGCGUUGAGCGAACUAAGAAGGAAGGACAUUGAAACUCUCCCCUAUGAAGAUCUCAAGUGUUUUGUUAAGCUGGAUAACCGGGCAAGGAUCAAGGAGAACAACUCAUUGAAGGCCAAGAACUAG